GCAGGCUUUCAUUCAGCAGAGAAACAUGUGCACUGCUCUCCUAAUUCACUCUCUGUAAACCCAGGGCUCUGAGCAGUAUUGAUCACUGGCACUCAAUGAGAGGAUUAACAGGAUUCCACACAAGGCUUGGACACUAACUGGUGCACAAUUGGAACUUGGUACUGCUGCAUAAUGGGUUACAAAGCGACAUCCAUGCAUUGUGUCUUAAGAUGCCUGUGCUUCAUGCUUCUCCAUUUGUUUAGUGCAGCUCAAGAUGAAGACAUAAGAAGUUGUAGGACCGCACCAUGUGAUUUGGUCUUUAUUCUAGACGGCUCUUGGAGUGUAGAAGAUGUCAAUUUUGAACUAAUUAAGCUUUGGCUCGUCAACAUAACAUCCAGCUUCAACAUUGGACAGAAGUUUACCCAGGUUGGAGUUGUCCAGUACAGCGAUGACCCCCUCAUAGAAAUACCUCUGGGGAAGCAUUUCUCCAGCAAAGACCUCAUCAAAGCGAUGGAGUCCAUUGAUUACAUGGGGGGAAAUACUAGGACUGGGACGGCCAUUAAGUUUGCUACAGACAAAGUGUUCGGCCUGUCUGAGCGUGGCCCUUCAGGUAUUUCCAGGAUUGCUGUUGUUCUCACAGAUGGGAAGUCUCAAGAUGAGGUUUUGAAGGCAGCAGAGGCAGCGAGGAAAAAAGGAGUCAUUCUGUUUGCAAUCGGUGUUGGGACAGAGACAGAAGCGGCCGAGUUGAACGACAUUGCAAACAAGCCAUAUGCAAAAUAUGUCUUCUCGGUUGAGGACUACAAAGGUAUUUCCAGGAUCAUACAGAUCAUACGACAAAAACUCUGUGAAGAGACUGUUUGUCCAGCCAAAAUCCCCACAGACUCCCGUGAAGAGAAGGGUUUUGAUAUUCUGUUACAUUUAAAUUUGGCUAAAAAAGCAAAGAAGACUAAAGGGGCAUAUUCCGGCACCAAGGCCUAUCAAGUGACAUCUCGCGUCGACUUGAGUGAAGCUACACGGACCCUUUUUCCCGAUGGCCUGCCUCCGUCAUACGUUUUUGUGGCCACACUGAGGUAUACAGGAGCGGUGGCCAUGGAGGAAUGGGAUGUGUGGAGAAUACAGACGCGUGAUGGGAAACCUCAGAUGGCGGUGACUUUAAAUGGAGUUCAGUUCACAGUCAUGUUCACCACAACCAGUGAGGCACCCAGUGGAAUUCAAACAGUGACAUUUUCACAUCAAACAGAAAGGCUGUUUGAUGAGAACUGGCACCAGCUGCGUCUGCUGGUCACCGAGGAGGAUGUCACUCUUUAUGUUGAUGACCUGGUAAUUGAUACCCAAACCUUGGAGCCCCCUGUUGGUAUUUUCAUCAAUGGAAAAACACAAGUCGGAAAAUAUGUCAGCAAGGAAACAACAGUGCCGUUUGAACUCCAGAAACUUCGCAUCUACUGUGACCCUGAGCAGAAUAACCGCGAGACUGCAUGUGAAAUACCGGGUGUCUGCUACACUCCCGAUGACGUUGAACCAACUCAGGAACCUUGUGUUUGUCCUCCUGGAUCCCCUGGAACACCAGGAAUAAAGGGGGAACAAGGAAACUCUGGCAAAGCUGGUCAGCCUGGACCUGCUGGUGCUGAUGGUAAGCCUGGUAUCCCCGGGAUUAGAGGAAGUACAGGGCUACCAGGUCCAACAGGAGUAGAGGGUGCUCGUGGGUCAGAUGGGUACAAAGGCGAGCAAGGAAGGCCAGGUGUUUCGGGGGAGAGAGGUGUGUCUGGAUUACAAGGACUGCCUGGACAACAAGGAAAGAAGGGUUCAAUAGGAUUAACAGGAAUUGCAGGGUUACCUGGAAAAGCUGGGCAACUGGGAGAAAAGGGAAGUUCGGGACCUCCUGGGCCGCCAGGUUUUCUAGGAGAACCUGGUCUACCUGGAAGAAAUGGAAAGGACGGAUUUCCAGGGAAACAUGGUCAAAAGGGAGAAGCUGGAACUGGUGGGAUACCUGGUGUUGAUGGAAGGGAAGGCCAUCCAGGUAUGCCUGGAUUGCCAGGAAUUGCAGGCUUAAAUGGACAAAAGGGGGAAGCUGGUUUGCCUGGAUCCAGGGGCUUCAGCGGAUCUACUGGACCUUCUGGUGAAAUGGGUUUACCUGGUGCACCUGGUUUAAAAGGACCAAUUGGACCUAAGGGGAAUAAGGGUGAAAGUGGAAGUCCAGGUAUACAAGGAACACCAGGGCCUGUGGGGAGCGCAGGAGAACCGGGGAGAGCAGGGCAGCUGGGACACCCCGGCAUGCCAGGCCUCAUGGGCAGCAAGGGUCAAAGAGGAAGUGCAGGUGACAGAGGACAGGCGGGAAUUACCGGUGGAAAAGGAGAGCAGGGUCGGCCAGGGGAACCCGGCUCCACUGGUUCAAUGGGACUUAAAGGAGAGAAAGGGACAACAGGAGAUGCUGGGCAGAGAGGUCAAGAAGGUCAUGUGGGACGGCCCGGACAAUCAGGCCAGUCGGGCCUACCCGGCGCCAGAGGGCUGCCAGGGGACAGUGGUCCAGCUGGCCCACCAGGACCUGAAGGAAGACCUGCAAGUCAAAUGUCGGACAAUCACAUUCGGCAAAUCUGCAGAGAGAUCCUUCAGUCUGAGCUGCCUAUAUUAAUGGUGAGCAAGAAGCAGAGUAGCUGUACAAGAUGUCAAAGCCGGCCUGGAUCUCCUGGUCCUCCAGGGCCAACUGGGCUCCAGGGACUCCGGGGUCCUUCUGGUCUUAGUGGCUCCAGGGGACAGCUAGGCCACCCUGGUCGGCCAGGGCACCUUGGUCUUAAUGGGUUGAAAGGAGAACAAGGUUAUAAGGGUGAGAAAGGGAGCCCGGGUCGAACCACCAAUGGAGACCAAGGGCCACCAGGGCCUCCAGGUCCAAUGGGUCCCCAUGGGUACGGUAAGCCAGGUACUCCGGGUGAGACUGCAUCUCCUGGUCUGAACGGAGCAGAGGGCAAAAGUGGUAAUCCUGGCAUCCCCGGUCAGCCUGGGGUGUGUGAUCCAUCCAUGUGCUAUGGUAGCAUGAUGAGGCGGAAUCCUUACGGCAAAGGGCCAAACUAUUGACGUGAUGCAGCGUCACUGCAGGCGACAGUCUCCAGCUGAUGUAGAACAGUCAUUCUCAGGAAGAUCUCAUGAUUACAGUUUCUCUAUCACGGAAACAAAACGGACCUCUGCUAACACCUUUUCUGUGAUCUCAGACAGUCAAAAGAACUAGAUCUUAUCACAUUUUCUGGCUUUAUUAUUCCCAUGUAUUUCAAGAUGCUUUUUUUGGUGUUAAGAUAAUUAAUAAUUGGCUCCUCCAUCUAAAACCUCUCAUCUGACCACCGUCCACUUCAUGUCUGACUGAAUCUGUCUCUAAGCAGUGUGCUUGGUGCAUUUCCCAUAUUGCCCCCUAGUGUUGCUUCAUUGUAUGUUGCUCUCUACAUUUUUACCACACAUACCACAUACAUCUUCUGUUAAAAAACCACACAACCUCUAUGAUCUACAAAUUCCAUGUUCAGUGAAUGAAUUGCCCAUAAAUGAUGUGUAAUUGGCAUGUUUCAAGACUGUGAUUUCCUGUAGCUGAGUGUGAGCUACCUGUGUUGCUAAAGCAUUCAGUGUGACUGUUAAGGACUUCAGCCUUUAGGAAAACCUUUUAUAACAGUUAAUAUUGUGUAUCACCCGAGAUGAAUGAAUACUUUUCCCCAUAUCACUCAUUUAAAUGUCCUUUUAUUCCAUUUAGGAAGUAAAACGUGUCAUCGCCACAGAGCAUGCCAACAUUUUACGUUGAAAUUUGUUGUUGUUUAUGUUUCCGAAGCUUACCUUACAUUACUGUAGCAGGUAUUUUAUUGUUAUUUAUAAAAAGAGACGUAACUGUGUAUUUCUACAUUGACAUGUCUUAAAAAGCUUUUGUAAUUGUA